GAUUAUUUUUUAUUUUUCAAACGCAAAAAAUAGGAAAAUUUGACAGAAGUAUAGGUUAUUACAAAAACAAGUGGCUAAUUUUGACAGUUUGAUUAGGUGUAUAACAAAAACAAUUGAAUGUGUUUUUUUUGUAGAUGUUUGUUGUAUGUACAACAAAUUCUGUUGUCACUUUAGUAAUACACUUGGUUGUGAAUAAAGUUACACAAAAUCCCUAUUUACUGGCCUAUAUCUUCAAAUUCACAUCGUGUCAAACACAGUUGAAAUUAAUAAAAAUCUCUGGUUAUUUUCAAUAUGUCAUCCAAUAUCAUAUUUGGAAAGUGAAAUAUCAAAAUCUACAAAUCGAAGAAGAUAAACCGAGUUAUACGAUUGCGAGUGUGAAGCCCGAAGAAAUUCUAAGACAAAUACAUUUUCAAGAAUUUCUAUAUUUAAGUGUUGACAUUAUAAAACAAUUAAGCAUUUCUAGUUACUCGUAUCAGCAGCGCUCAAUAAUAUUCCAGCUUGAGAGAGUAUUUCCAAAUUUAAUAGCUUUACGACUCGAAAGCUUUUUAUUUAAAGGGAAUGAAGACUACAAGUAUCUGAGGAAAAUUUUUCCAAAUUUAAAAAAACUCUAUAUAAAAAAUUGUUUUGCCGAUAAUUCUCUUACACAUCCAAUCAUAAGCAAGGACAAUUUGCCAAGGGAAAUUUUCGUACAGUGGCCCUAUUUGGAAGAAUUGAGAAUAAAACAUUUUAAAAAAUAUUCCAUAGAUGGAAAAAUGUGUCCACAACAUGUUUAUGUGAAAAAUGAUUUGGAUAAAAAAUGAUUUUAAUAAAAUAAAUGAAAGUUAUGAAAUAAAAA